AUGGCCAAUAUCCUCCUGAAUACUGGCUUCAAGCAGGCAUUCUCAUUACCUCUAAUGUCCUUUUAUUACGAAGUGAAUUCGUCCGGAGACAAAUUCGAGCAGUAUCGACUCCUGCAUGUAAUUCAUUAUAAGAACAAGGAUGUCAUCGGAGCAGCUCACGAAUUUCUCAUUCUUGGCAUUCUCAGUGGCACACAGACCUUCUACGUGCGGGUUGAAAGACGACCUACCCUACGCGCUUCAAAUGUAUCAGGUUCCGUCGCUGAUGACAGCAUUAGUCGGGAGCAAGACUUCGAUCUAGAGGCCUACAAGAAAAAAUACGACAUGGUCACCGACCACAGGUGUCCUCGAAAGCCGGUUGUCCGCGUUUCCGACAUCUGCGAAAUCUUCUGUGCCAUGCACAAGAUAUCUCCGAAUUAUGAGCUUCUCAAGUAUCAGUGCUAUUGGCUUUGUAGCACGUUCUUGCGGAAGCUCGAACGUCUCGACGGAGGGAAGCCGUCCACGACCAAUGUCUCGAGAGGGAAGGAAGCAAUUGCGGGGAAAUGGGCUCGCUUUGUGCCGAUUAUCACUGAGAGAAAGGUGCAGAGCGAUAUAAAAGCGGCGGAGGAGCGUGAGGAAGAUGAGGUGAAAAAGAAGGAAGAGAGAGAGGACGGACGGAUUAAUGCUGAGUUCGUGAUGAGCAUCCAACGCGAGAAGAAGAAGACCUUGAAACAGGUCGAGGAGACGCAAGCCGCUGUGACUCCGCUCCUCAUAACGAGCCGGGGAAAGGGCGCUGCAGAAGAGCUGGCAGUGAGAUCUGCAUUCUCGAGGCUUGUCGUCCACGCAAGCAAGGGUCAGUGA